AUGGUGUGUAAAGAGGAGAUGGUGUGUAAAGAGGGAAGGGUGUGUAAAGAUGGAAGGCUGUGUAAAGAGGGAAGGGUGUGUAAAGAGGGUAGUUUGUGUAAAGAGGGAAUGGUGUGUAAAGAGGGAAGGAUGUGUAAAGAGGAUAUGGUGCGUAAAGAGGGAAGGGUGUGUAAAGAGGGAAGGGUGUGUAAAGAGGGAAGUGUGUUUAAAGAGAGUAGUUUGUGUAAAGAGGGAAGAGUGUGUAAAGAGUAUAUGGUGCGUAAAGAGGGAAGAGUGUGUAAAGACCUCAGGGUGUGUUGCGAGUGCAGGUUAUCUAAAGAGGACAAGAUGUGUAAAGAGGGCAAGAUGUGUAAAGAGGGCAAGAUGUGUAAAUAG